AGGUGAGGCUCGGCCUACGCUGAACUUUCUACGGUAUUUUCUGUAAUUUUAUCCACAGAUCUGCAUAAUCGUGGAAUGAGGUUACGACGAAAGGAGAAAUUUUAAAAUAGGUAAGGGUAACUUUGAUUUAUCUACUAAGGUUAUUAAAGUGAAGCUUGAAUCCAACGAAUUCUUGUAGUCAGGGAAACCCUUGCAACGAAGCCACUGUCGAAUGAAUUCAAUCCUGUGUUUCAUUUGAAGUUUUUAACCUUCGUCAUGAUUCAGUCAUAUCUUUUCUUAGAGCCGGACUCUGUUCAGAUAUUUUCCUUCCUUCACACAGGUCUCAGCAAUAAUGAUCACUCAUGAAAACCAGAUGUUAAGCUUUUUAUAAGUUCGUUUUAAACCUUGUAGGUGUGUAUUCGUGAUAAUUGUAAAUUCUCACACUGAUUGUUAUACAGCUGAUUGUGGUUUCAACGUACUUUCUAAGAAAAGCUUCGACUCUGUUACAGGACGGAUUCCAUAGGCCCUUUCUAGAGAUCUGAGUUACAUGGUGCAAUACUACUUCACCAGGGUUAACCAUUCGAAAAAAAAUGUUUCUUAUACUUCUAACAGGUAUGUUAUCAUUCACAUCUGAAUAUUAAGAAAUAAAAUUUCUUCUUGAAGCAACCUCACUGUAUGUGAUUUUGCGGCUAUUUUUUGGCUAAAGAUGAAUUAUUUAGUCAAUAUUGCUGAGUCACAAAAAACUGUCAAGCUAUUUACAAUCAAAGCUGUGGGAGUCUUGUUCAUGAACACAUUAAACGCUUGUCUUCAAUCCGCUUUGUUAAUUUUUCCAAGAACAAAUAUUCCCAAAUUGAGAGAAUUCCGAAUUUUCGGGCUGGUUUUAGUUGGAUCAAAUGUCAUCAGCAAGGACCAAUCAUUUUGUGUACGUAGCAUCGAUAUUUCGUGUCAGAGAUUCUUUGGUUCAUGGAAAACCUAAAAAAAUUAUGGAACUGUACAAUACCAUGGUAUAGAAUUUCACAGGUGUUGAAGAGUAUGUCAGGAAGCAUUUGCAGCAGAUUUAUUCAGAGUAUUAAUUGAUUUUUGAACAGUUGAUUGGCCUUGCAUGCGGUGAUAGCAAUUUCACAAGAUAUUUUUUCAUGUGGAAAUACUACAGCUGUCACAUCCUCAAAAUGUACAUUUUAGUUGACCCAAGUAAAUCAAAAACAAAAGUUUGACUGAUGAAACAAUUACUUUUAUUGCAUCUUUAAAACUGUGUCUGCAGCCCUGAAGGGAAGAAGUGAUGUUAAUGGAUAUACAAAUAAUAAAGAGAAGAUUUUUACAAUGUCAAGUAGUUUGAAUUGUUCACCAUGGUGUUUAACAGGCAGAAGAGAUUAGAGAACUGUUUGACAACUGGGCACAAUUUUCUAGCCAAAAUCUGCUUCAAAAUUAAAAAAUUCAAGAGUCAGUUGAUCUUCUAUGCAAUUUUUGAAAAUUGCAAAAGCAAUUUCCCCGCAGAAAUCCAAGAAAAUGUUUCAGCAGCAUGGUGUAGUUAUUUUAGACCUAUGUUUAUGUAUUAUACAAUGAACUUUUCCCUCAAACAUUCCACGUCUGGAACAAAAACAAAUUCCAGAUGUUUCCACCAGUAACUGUUAUCCAUAGCUUGUAUCCAGAUCAUAACAUAAUUUUUUUUUUGUAUUGAAAGGAUUCCUGUUACUGAAGGUUAGCCUUGUAGGUGAGUUAUUUUCAUCUUCAUCAACUGAUGAAAUCUUGAAAGUAUUAUAAUUAACAGUUAGAUUAUGUGUGUAAGAUUUUUAUCAUGUGAUGGAUGGGUGAUGGUGAAGUUUUAAUCGUGUAUAACCUAGAAAUUGUGAGCAAGUUAUUAAUUGUUAAAGUAUAAAUCAAUGUGGUACUUUAUCCUUGGGUCAGCAGCAAGAAGUGAACUCAGGAGGUAAAGGUUGUCAUACAGACAGACAUUUCAAAACCCAAAGAGAAGCCAUUAUUAGAGUUUUGGCUUGUAUAAUGACUUUCAACCCAGUUUGUUCAAAUAUAUUAAAGCCAUUUUCAAACAUUUUGAAAUUGUUUCUUUCCCAAAUAAAUACUCUAGUUUUUUUUCAGUUCCCGAGUAACCAGAAAAUAUGGAGAUCAAAAGUAGUUGAAAUCACAAGUUGUAUGAUCCAACCCUGAGUGUAGACAGAUCUUUGUUUAAUGCAUUCACUCCUACUGAACCAGUUGCAAUCUACAGGGGAGGGCUUCUUUAUUGGACAUUAGUGGUACAUGUAUGUGAAAUAAACUGGGUAUGGUUUCAGUGCAAUAAACAGGGUAUGGUUUCAGGCUCUUGAGUCUUUGACAGGGAAUAUAGUUCACAUGCUAUUUAGCCCCUUCAACAGUUUGUCUAUGUGAAUUGGAAUAUUCCAGUUGGGUAUGAGUGUUGAAAAAGCACAUCUUACCCAUGUGAUAUUGACAUGUUUCUCCAAAAUCUUAUCAUUAAUACCUUGUGUGAAUAUAGACGACCACGGUUGAUGACAGUUUUCUCCUAAGAAUAGUUGAACAUAGUUUGCUUUAAACAAGGUCAGGGUCUAUGGGUAAAUUCCCCUCUACACUUCCCUUUGUUCCACCCUUCCUCCUGUGGAUAGCAUUACUAACUCACCAUCCUUCCUUCUGUGUUUAUAGCUUCAGAAUGUAACCAGGGGUUUUAUACAAGUUCCUCCGGAACAGUGUCUUCACCAUCUUAUUUAACAAGUUCAACUUAUGCCAACAACCUGUACUGCACAUAUGAUAUCACAGUUGGAAGUGGUUCUGGAAUUAAACUAACAUGGUUGUCAUUUGACAUUGAGGGAAAAAUGCCAAACUGUGAUGAUGAUUAUGUGGAGAUUUUCAUAGGAUGUGGAAGACAUUCCAUUGGAAAGUACUGUUCUGGAAAUGGAUACCAGCCAUUUGAUGUUUAUUCAAGGGACAACUGCCUGCGCAUAAGGUUCAAGUCUGAUGGGUCUGGUGCAGGCAAAGGAUUUCAAGCAACUUACACAUCAUUUUCAUCUAGUAUGUUUUCCUUUUUUAUUGAUGAAAAAAGUAGUAAUACAAUAAACAGUUCAGUAUAUGAAUAAGAAAAGAAAAUAAUGAAGUAUUGAAUAGACAAAUGUAUCUCUAAAACUGAAGCUACAUGUAUUUUGGUUUGCUGGAAGAAUGUUUAGAAGAGAGAUUUUAACCCUUUAACUCCUAUGAGUGACCAUUAGUUAGAAUAUCAAUACAAUAUCAUAGACUAUGGUUAUAGGGCAUGAAAUUAAUUUUUUUUUCUGAUAGCCACUUGGCUCCUAAAUUCUUCAAAGUGGUAGCCACUUCCAAAAAAAGUUGCUCGCCAUUUUUACACUGUCAACGUUCUAGAUAGACCCUCCAAAAUUAAUUCAGGGAAAAGAUCUAUAACGUUCUACAAAGUGGACACUAGGUUGGAUGAUAUACAACGUUCAAGCUCACCUAAAUCCAAGAUGGUGUCUAGUUAUCGAUUGAGAUGCAUGUGCUGAGUUUUGGAAACAAACUUAACGAGGAAGUUUGCCGUGGAUUUAUCUUUGCAAAUCUUUCUGAUUCACUAUAUCUCUCGAUAAGGUUGUGAUGAGACAUUCUAGUCGCCAAUUUGGCGACUAAUUUUCAAGAUUUGGUCGCCAAAGUGAAAAAUUUAGUCACGUUGGCGCCAGUAUUAGGUGCAAUUUCAUGCCCUGGGUUAUAUUUUACAUUGAAAAUCAUAUAUUAAGAAGAAAAUAAACUCUUUCAUUUCACUUUAUUAAUUCAUGCAAAUUUGUGGUAUUUGUAGAUGUAGAUAAGUGGCAUUCUCAAUCUGAUAUGGAAAUUGUGGGAAAAAAAAGGAACAGCUUAUAUACUGGUGUUUACAGUAAAUUUUUAAGUUCAAGCAGAGUCUGUGGUACACUGAACUCACUCUAAGAAUUUGAGUUCAACACAGUUUGCUGUAUGAAGUAAUUUUCAUAAUUUCAAGCAUUUGUAAGUAGCAUAUCAUUUUGUUCUCUAUCUUUGUUAAAACAUCACAUUCGGUUGUUCUUAUGUGUUAUUUAUGAGUGUAAGUACAAAACUACCUAACAUGAUGUAAUUAUUUGAAUCUACAGGAAGUCCAAGUGGUGUGGGAGGUAGGUGGUCAAAUUUAUAAAUCCUUGACAUGUCAUGUUCAUGAAAAAUGUUAAAAAGGGUGUGAUUUAAGAACAUCUUUUGUUUAUUCCAAUGGAAUCAUUCGAUCAUGAAAUCAAAUGUUUAAACAGUCCUCAGUUAACCUGAGCUGCCUUUGCUAUGACAAAAAGCUUUCUUUAGAGCUUCGCAAUAGAAAUGCAGGGAAUAUGUUGUUCUGCUCAUUUUUCAGUGCUGUGUCUUUAUAUGGGAGGAAUAAUUUGUAACUCUUUACUUACAUCUUCUCUUUAAAAAGGCUCAUGUUUGUCAACAAGGACUCUUUCUUCAACUUCUGGUAUUAUUAGCUCUCCAAAUUGGCCUAGAGAUUAUCCCUCUCUCCAAGACUGUUACUGGAAGAUUGAGGUUGGAAGGAAGAAAAGCAUUAAAAUUGCUUUCAUGGACUUUGAUUUAGAAUAUGAUUUUGGAUGUGAUGAUGACAAAGUCAAAGUAAAAGGUGAGAGAAGUUAUUGGUGGUUUUUAUCAUUUGUAUGUACUACACAGGUGAAAAAUACUUUUUGCAUUCACUGAUUGGCUGGUGAGAAGGUGAUUAGCAAUUACCAUUCACCUCCAAGCAGUGGAAGAGACAAAGUCAUACAUCCACAAUUUACCUUCCAACCAUUUUUUGGUUUAAUGAAAGAAAUGAACUACUUGUUUGGUAUAGCAUACACUAAAACAGUACAGUCAAGUACAAUCAAGUCUAUAUUAAGCAACACAGGUCACCCUGUAUUUAGUGGUUGGUUGUAAAAGUCCCAAAAUCUGUUCCCUUUAACCACUGUCAUUUUUGCCCCCAUUUAGCAGUCACCUCUAGUAAGCGGUUGUGGUCACUCUUCAGUGACACCCAAUGGCCUUUUUAUUUUGUCUUCUACCUGUAUUGAAUGGCCACUUAAAGAGAAACCAAUCAAAUUAAACUAAGAAUUUUCUUCUGAGCAAAAUUUGGUCCAUGUUUAUCUCCCAAAAUCAAUGUUAACAAGUUUUUGUCUACUGAGUGGUCAGUUAUGAUGUUAAAUGGUGUUUUUUUUUUUCCUUCAUUCUUCUGAUACUUCUAUUCUGUGGAACCUGUGGUAACCCUUUACACCCUAACAUCAGUAUGCAUAUUCUCCAUACUGUUCUCUAUACAUUUCGUAUGACACUGACAAAGAGAGUUUGCUUAACUAGAAAGAGCUGCUCUUUGUUGGUGAUCAUUUCCUUUUUUCUCAUCACCUUAAUGUGUGAUGCAGGGGUGAUUUUGUAAAGAGAAAUUAGAAGCUGAUCACUCAUAAGGGUCAAAGGGUUAAGUAGUCCACUUGUAAUAGGGAGGCUCCUUUGGGUUUUUGACUGCACAAGAUCAGGGUGCGAACAAAGCACAAGCUUUGAAAGUGUCAACAUGCAAAAAAAACAUAGCAACUUGAUACAAUCACAUGAUUGUUAUCUGAAAAGAUGAGUUAAAAACAUUGUAAUGCAAUGCAGUUUUUCUGUGAUGGAAUCUAGGGUUUCCAGCAACUGCACCUGUAAUAUUCAUAGGCCUUCUAUGCCUUAAAAAGAGGUCAACUGAAAGAAAACAUUGUGUGAAAGAUUGCCUAAAGGUGAUAGAUUCAAAAGUCUAUGCAUGCUUAGAUACUGAACUAAAGUUCUAUUCCAUUUUGUAAUAUUUUUCAACAAAGAAAAUAGGAACCUUUCUAGUAAAAUUUAUCAUGUUUCCUUUGGUGAAAUUUCCUAAAACUUGCUGGACUGUUCAACAUGUUUGUGCCCUUCCUAGUGCCUGUUGAUGAAAAAAAGAGACCAAAUUUGAGAUAGAGGUGGGGAAACUGCCCUUGUAACCCCUGCUUUUUCAGCUUUUAAAUGAUUGGUGUGACAAUUUUCACAAAUUGUGAAAAUUUUGCGAAAUUUGACCUAAGAAAAUUGAAGAAAAUCAAAUGCAAAGCCAAAUUAUGACUGACAAGUAACUCCCUUCAUGAAGCUUCAGUUUAGCUAAGUCAUUUUUUUAUUAUUUACUACAGCAAACAAUAAUCCAAACCUUGUUCAUUGCCUUUUGAUGGCUUUUAGUGACCUUGAAAAGCAAAAGUGUAAAAAUUUUCCAGAAAAACAUAAUGCUGGUGUGCAUGCCAAUAUCAAGCAAAAACCCUAUGGAGCCUCCUUAAGGGGUCACAUUACCAUUCCCCAUGGGUAGCAGCGUAAUGCAGGUUUGACUCUAUUCACCUUAGGGCAGGUAAAUAUCCACUACUAUUCACCUCCACUGUUUCAAAUAAUUGUUAAUUAUUAAAAUGGAUUCCCAUUCAAACAUACCUCUCUGUCUCUUCUUGGCUCAUACUGAACUGUGUUUCCUGUACAGCAAUGUAUUGGAAGGUGACAUUUAACAUUCUCACAAUUUUUGUCUAAUUUUGUAGGAGGAGAUGACUCUGAUUCAUAUGAUCGAUCUAGUACCAUCAGAAACUCUGCUUGUGGUGAAAAGUCACCCUUUCACUUUACUUCAUCAAAAGAGCGAAUUUGGAUUAGGUUUAAAUCUGACAGUUUUAGAAGUGAGCGUGGGUUUGUUGCUGGCUAUGUCAUGUAUGAAUCAAGUAAGUCUUUAACAUCUUUCUCGCAUAUCAGCCAAAUGUACAUAGGGAAAGUUACAGUAUACUGUAUGCACUGGGUGAUUAUAUUACACCUCAAUUGGUAUGAAAUUGAAUAGGCUGUCUGAGCUUUUGAACUUUAUUAUUAUUAUUAUUAUUAUUAUUAUUAUUUAUUUUUUUGCCUUAUGGCUUGCAUUGUUGAUAUUUUUACAUCCCCUUAGCUUAGUGGGAGUCCAGCUCCUCCUCUUUUGAUUGAUAAGACUGAACAUCUGCAUGUGUCUCAAUUAUAUUUUCCUGUAUUUGAAAAUCUAAUACCAAUGUCAAUAACAAAGUUCCAUGCAAACAGAAAAAUUUCCUAAUGCCUGAGUCAUAUGUCUGGACAUUUUGGCCACAGUGCUAUUUCAGUAUUAUGCAGGCAAAAUUCCAUACAAACAGAAACAUUUUCUAAUGCUUGAGUCAUAUGUCAGGACAUUUUGGCUGUGGUGCCAUUUCAGUAUUAUGCAGACAAAAUUCAUAAGGCUUUCAACUUUUUCAGGUUAGGACAUAGGUGGUAAAUAUUAUAAAGAAUUACUUAGAAGAUCUUCUAAGUAAUUUUCAGAAGCCACGGGGAAACGUGGAGAGGAAAACUUUUGUAAUAUCACUUUGAUAAAGUUGACAAUUAGAGUGGUUCAUUUUCCUAUGAACGUUAUAGAAAUAAUUUUCUAGCUAAUCUUUUUAUGAAAAUUUGUAAGUGAAUGGAAUAUUAGUACAGUAAUUCAACUUUUUCCUUUCCUUAUUUGUUUUGGUCUUGUGCUUUCCUCACAUGCAAGCAUGUAUUUCAAUUGGAAAGGACAAGUUAGAAUUUUUAGAAUCUGAGUUACCUAACUUUGGUUAAACCAUUUACUUAUUUAAAGUAUGUGCAAGUCAUUUAAGAUCAUUUCUUGAAAACAAGAACCUUUUACAGACAAACCUGUGCAAGGUACAUUGACAUCCCUGUGUACAAUCCUCAACGAUAGUACAUGCUCUUUAAUUUCAUUUAAUUAAGAUGAAUGAGGGAAUUUCACCAUACUUGAGUAAAUUCAUUUAUUUAAUUCUAUUCAGGUGAUAGCAGCCUUGGUGGUGUUGUGGUUGGCAUCCUGCUUCCACUGGUUUUUGUGUUUGUUUGUGCGGGUUGUAUUUACUAUAGAUGUGUUCGUCAAAGGAGACUGGCAAGAGCACAACAACACAUAACUGUAGCUCAUGUUACUGCCCCACCACAGCAAGUGACCAUAAAUCACCCUCCCCCAGCACCUCAGCCAGGGUAUGGGCCCCCACCUUCCCAAGCAGGAUACUUUCCUCCCCCGCAGUCUGGCUAUGCACCUCCACCACAGCCAGGUUAUGCACCACCACCCUACAGUCAGGUGGUGGGGGCACCAUACCCACAACAAGGUAAGUCAAUGGAAACUGUCCUUUUAAUGUAACGGGUCGUUGUCAAUGAAAGCUAAGGGUUUUUUUUUAAUCACGUCUGUUGUGAAAUGUGGAGAAAGGAAAAAUUCUGAGUCACAUUACCCCUGCCCCUAAAAUACUCAACCACUGGUAAGAUGGAAGGUUUGUGUGGGUCAUUCAUUGCAUAUGUUAUAUCAGGUUCAAAACUAAAAGCACUUGCUAUGUCAAAUUACUACAUGGGGCAAUACUAACAGUAACUUCACAUCUCGGAAGUAAUAAAAUGUAUGAUAAGAAAUUUUGUGUAAAUUUUCUCUGCAGACAAGUCUGGAUCUUAUCCUGCUGCACCACCUGGUGGACAACCAUAUCCUCCUGGUCCUCUUGCACCAUACCCGCCAGGAGAACCAGCUGGAGUACCACCCUACCCCACUGGACAACCAGAUGGAGUGCCUCCCUACCCAGCAGUUCAGCCGGCACCUGGAGGCGUGGCACCUUACCCAUCAGCACCUCCUCCUGUAACAGCCCCACCCUAUCCUCCACAGUAAUUGCCUGUCAAGUAUACAAAUCCUUCUCAUUUGAAAGCAAAAUCUAACAUUUUUGGGUCAGCAAAUGUUGGAUUGGUAAACAAAAAUCUCCAACUCUUUUAAAUCGCUGAAACAACCUGGUCCUCCUCAUAUUGCGAAUUGGUGUAACAAGUUUAGCAGAGCAGCAAAUUCAGGUGAAUUCCAAGGACAUUUUGCAACUAGUAACAUUUGUUAAGGUGAUUCCUCAGUUUUGCACCGCGCAUCCUGUAUUGCGCAUGAAAAUCACGUAAUCAGGGGAAUGAGCGCAAGUGCACUACGAGAAGACGGUAUUGUUCUUUAAUACCUGGAAAGAGGUACGAUGGUCUUAAGGUCUUGAACAAGCAGAGUGACAAUAUAUAUUUUUUUUCCAUAAUUUUGGUGUACAAUUUAUCCCCUUUUAAUCAGGGAAAUUAUAAAAAAAAUUUUUCGAAGAGAAAUUAAGAUAAAGCUAGAAGCGUGGACGAGGAUGCAAAUUAUGUUCUUGAAAGGAACGACUCGUGAAACGUUUGAGUCGAUGUCGUUCAGUUUUGCGUGAUUUUCGCACAAAUUACAUAUCAAAUUGUUCCGCACGCUACAGGGCUCGAAAUUAGCACUCGCAAACUCGCGAAAUGCGAGUGGUUUUUCGAAGUUGCGAGUCUAAAAAAUAUCCUCUAGCAAACAUUUGCUAGUUAGGUUCCUUCUUUUGCUAGUAAAAAAAAUCUUACUAGCAAAACUUUGCUAGUAGACAAAAAAGUUAAGUUCGAGCCCUGACGCUUCACACUUUCUUUCAAUUGAGUUGUUUUCGAGUGUUACUUUAAAAACCGUUGCCUCAAGCAGCAGCGAAAUGUACUGUAUCCACCCAAUUUAAAUGAAAUUUUCGACGCCAAAAAAUAAGAAUCAAAAUUCCCCACUUAUAAUCGUUAAUAUUAUCUUACUCUGUAGAACUGCAACAAUAGCAAUCCGCAUUCUUUUACGUCGGUUAUUUUAUGAGAACUGUGUCGUAUUUGUUUGUAUCAAACUAAAAGAUAAUGCGGAAACAAACAAACAAAAAAAUAACCAAUGCCUCCUAUGAGAAAGCUUCAAAUAAGCCGUCACACCUUUUACAAUUUUAUUGUCUACAUGUAGACGAUGUUUUUCAACAAGUAAUAUUUAUUAUGCUAUUUAAGUACCAUAUUUAAGCAAUGCAUAACACUUGAGUAUAAUUGGCUCAGUGCUUAAAUUUCUUGGAAUUUUAUUUUACAUUUUAGGAAAAAGCCUGUUACACUAUGUGCUUAAUAAAGUUGAAACUGACCUCUGAACGGGCUCUCUCCUAUCUAGAUAUUUAAAUAAAUUGGCUUUAUCAACUGAGAUGAUAGUGUAUAUUGGCCACCUUAGAUAGUUUCUAAAGCAAAAGUUUCUAGGGUUGGCCCUUCGUCAGAGCGAAUGAUGGUGGCCAAAUUACAUAAUCAACUCAGUUUAUAAAAUCAAUUAUCUUAUUAUACCCCCACCGAUGCAACACCACAGUUUCUAUAGAAUAUUAUUCUCUCUCUAGUAGUUAGUUUCGAGCUGACUCGAAAAAGAUAGGAGCCUCUCGCCAGACAAGUGUUGUCGAAACUUUGUAGUUGGAGCACAUAAUUCGGAAAUCAGUGUUAAUUUCCCAAUAGCCUGAGUUUCAUUUUAAUUUUAAGAACAGGUAACCGUCUUUUUUUCUACUAAAUGUAUAGCAGGUGACGAUGGGAUAAACACACCUUGGG